GUUGCUCUUCCACACUAGAGCUCAAGGUCUUGCUCUUGCACACAGGCUCAUUGUGGUCAGGACCGUUUUGAUUCAACAAUGCAGACAAUUAUUGCUAUGUUUUGGCUGUCUGUUAUUUCUGCAGUACAGUGCCUGGAUUCCAACAUUAUCCACUCCUCCAGGGAAAUGACAAACUCUCAAGAGUCAAUAUUGCAUUUACGGAGUGACACAGUGGCAAAUUCCCAUAAUUCUGUUAGAAGAACCUCAGGUCUCCAAGGAAUCAGAGAAGCUUCACAAGAAUGCACCGCUUCACAAGCACCUGAAUGCAAAGGCUCCAAGAAAAAACAGCAAAAUGCUGCCAAGACAAAGAUUCAGUUGGAUGGGCGAGGAAGUCAAAAAGUGCCCGAGAUGUCCCCGUGCGUGCGCUCGCGCGACUGUGAGGAGGGUCUGUGCUGCGCCUUGUAUUUGACUGGCAGGAGGUGUCAGCGCGUGCCCGCUCUGGGCGAGGUCUGCCUGCUGCGGGGACGCGCCAAAUUCCGCCGGAGACUGGACCGCUGCGACUGCGAGAAGAGCCUGUCCUGCCGCGCGCAACCCGACGGCCCUCGCGGACAGGGAGUGUGCCAUCCCGAUCAGAGGUCCUAAAGGGACUGGUUCUUCACAGACAUCUAUGGAACGUUGCGUGAAAUACUACUUUUCUGAACUUUUUAAUAUUACGUGUUCUGAAUGAGAAUUUAGCGAGAUAACGUUACAUAACGG